AUGGCAUCCGAAAAGAAGGACAUUUGGUCCACCGAGGCAGGCUUCUUCCCGAAAUACCAAAAUGCCGCGUCGUUUGUCCCCAAGCUGGUGGGCAAGGUCAUCGGCUGGCUCGACGUGCAAAAGGACGACGUGAUUCUGGAUCUCGGCUGUGGUGACGGCAUCCUUGACCUACAGUUUGCCGACAUCCUAUCCAAGGGCACCGGCCGCCUGCACGGCGUGGACAGUUCGCCGUCUCUGAUCGAGACCUCACAAAAAGCCGCCAAGGCUGCCGGCUACACAAACAGCACAUUUGAAGUCUACGAUGCAAACGAUAUUGUAGACAAGCCGGAGCUGCAAAAGGGACAGUUUAACAAGGCCUUUUCCAAUGCGGCCAUGCAUUGGAUCCUCAGCAACACCGCCAAGCACGAGCAGUUCUUCCACGGCGUCCAGAACGCACUGCAGCCCGGCGGCGUCUUCGUUUUUGAGAUGGGCGGCCUCGGCAACGUUACGGAGCUCGUCACGGGCGUCGUGUCGAGCGUCAGCCGUCGCAUCGGCUUGGAGGCGGCCAAGAAAGCAAACCCGUGGUUCUUCCCCGACGAAGCGUGGGCGCGCGAUAUUCUGGAGAACCGCGUCGGCGGCUGGAAGGUCGAGAAGAUUGAGCGCGAGUGGCGCGAGACGCCCGCGGAUGCCGGCGGUAUUGAUGGCUGGAUCCGGCUGAUGGCGCGGCCGUUCCUGGACGCGGUGCCUGAGGCGGAGCGCGAGGCGUGCACACGCGAGAUUGUCGAGGUGCUGGAGUACACGACACGGACGCCAAAGGGAUCGUAUGCCAUGCAGUACGUGCGUCUGCGCGUCCAGGCGCGGAAACUGUAA